AUGGCACCAAUCGCAAUUCCAUCAAGCGACGCCUCUGCAAAUGGCGUUGAAUCAGCACCGAAAGAGACUCAGCCGCUCUGUGCCAUUGUUACCCCUCUGGGGAUGCUGGGCUACGGCUUCGAAGAACAUCUCCUGACUGACAAGUUGGACGAACUGACAAGGACUAACCCGUCAGUCCCCCUGGCCGUCGUCAUGGAUUCUGGUUCAACCGAUUCGGGCCCUUCGAAAUUGGCAUUGGGCACCAUGACCUGCCCCGAAGCAUCCUACAAAAGGGACUUGACCAAGUUGAUUCGGGCAGUCAUCAAUUAUCACGUGCCUGUUCUCAUAUCGUCGGUUGGCGGAGAUGGCAGCAAUGAGCAUGUUGAUCUCUUUGUCGAGAUGAUUAAAGAGAUUAGCGCGUUGUUCGAAUGCCCUCGGGAACUGAAGGUGCUUGCCGUUUACUCGGAAGUGUCCAAGGAAGUUGUAGAGCAGAAACUUCUGGCCGGAGACAUAUCCGGAUGUGGAGAUGAGGUUCCUCAGCUAACAAUUGAAGAGAUUCACGCUGCUCCACGCAUACUGGCUCAGAUGGGCCCUGAGCCGAUCUUCAAUGCUAUGCAGUCGUACCCUAAUUUUGACAUCCUCGUCACGGGACGUGCAUACGACCCUGCGACCUUUGUGGCGUUUUGUGCCAUUAACAGGCUAAAGUCUUCAUCCUCGUCCUUCAACUCACUUGGCAACAAUUUAUUGGGAGGUUUCUGUCACAUGGGAAAGGUCAUGGAAUGCGGUGGCCUCUGUGCCACGCCAAAAUCAUCUGGCGCAACAGCGUUGGUCUACAAAGACGGGACGUUCGAUAUUUCGCCCCUGGAUCCCAUGGCAAAGUGUGUUCCUCUCAGUGUGGCUGCGCACACCCUCUAUGAGAAGUCCCGUCCGGACCUCCUGCACGGUCCAGGUGGAUAUCUGGAUCUAACCCACACCACCUAUGAGCAGUUACCGGACGGAAUUUCAGUACGAGUACGGGGAGGAGACUUCCACUUCUCGGUUUCCGAAGGAUCACCUUAUACGGUCAAAUUAGAGGGCGCUCGCGUCAUUGGUUUCCGCAACCUCUUUAUAGGGUCAUUCAAGGACCCGAUUCUCAUCGGCCAGAUACACGAAUAUCUCGAGGCUGGCAAGAAUCGGAUCGCACGCCAACACAGAGAUAUGGAUGGUCGGUGGAAACUCGACUUCCACAUCUAUGGUGCUCCGGAGAGUCGGCCUGACGGGUUGACUUCUACCAAUGAGACCUGGACUCCCAAGGAAGUCUUCAUUGUCGGAGAAGUUCUCGCAGACUCACCGACGCUGGCCAAAACUGUUGCGUCUACAGCGCGGGUAUACUGUUCUCAUGGCGCUUACAAGGGACAGAUGGCCACUUCUGGAAAUUUUGCAUUCGGCAUCGGUGGUGUGACGGAAAUAGAUGUUGGUCCCUGCUGCCAGUUUUCUAUCUAUCACCUGAUGAAUCUUCUCGAGGGAGAAGAAGAUAGCCACUAUAUGUCGGACGGUCGUGGGAAGAUAGUCGCCAAAGACCGCACCAUGGAUGGACUAUUUCCGUGGGAAACAACAGUCAUUCCGGCUUCCACGUCUGGAGUCAUGAUUUCGAACGGAACGAUUCCUGUCCAGGAGACAAAGGUCCCUACCAAUGGCGCUAUAAAGCGCCCCGCCCAGAACGAGACCAAGCACUCAAUUCAAACAAUGGGCGAUCCCAAAACACUGAGAGACGUGGCAAAGGUCAUUCGCUCCAAGAACGCAGGCCCUUUCCAGCUGACCUUUGAUGUCAUCUUCGACGACCCCGUCGUCUACAAGGCGGUAAAGACGUCCGGAAUCUUGGAUGGGGAAGCCAUGGCCCAGCUCUUCGGACGCUCGGUCGACGAGGUCGUCUAUUGCGGCUUCUUUGACCAGGCGUUGGCGUUCAAGCUCACCCUGCCUAGGAAACGCGGAAGCGAGCUCAGCUGCUCCGGCGGAUACAUGGAAAGCGACGUGCAUGGGUCCCAACAGUACUUGCCUUUGAUGAAACUACCGUUGACCGAGGACCUCAGAAGGUCUCUGCUGGCAUUGAAUUCUGCCUGUAUGAACUAA